AGGAGAGAGGAAAGGGGCAGUGGUAUGGAGGGAGGGAUGAAGGGCACAGGGAGGAAUCCGAUUGAAAGCGACAGUUUUCGCCGGACCGUCUGGGUGAGAGCUCAGUUGCGCAGUCAGUUGUAAGUGCGCAAUAAGGCGUGUGGUUCCCUGUUGCUGUGUUGCGCCGGGAUCUCCAGCAGCCUGCCCGGCCCUCCACCAAGAUGUUCCCGGGCGCCCUCACCCUCACCCACCCACCCAAGUUUGAGUUUCUUGCUCCACCACGGUCGUAGCUGGAGGCAAACGCGGGUCACCUUAGCCCACUCAGCCGCUGGAAACACGCCUCUGCCAGUUACCUUGGCGUGGGCCGUGUACUGGGCCUGGAAGUGUCAUAAACGAAAAGCCAAAGAAAAGAGCUUCCGGUGUGGACUGUCCGAGACUUAAGGAUAUAGUCGACAACCACGCCAGCACUGAAGGGAACAGGCAAGAACCGGCUGGUGGGUGACUGGAGCAAACUGAGCAGGGGUCAACAGCUCUGCAUUCUUCUUUGUCUGCCUGUUCUUUUGUUAACUAUCUCUGUCUAUUUUUCUAUCUAUCUGUCUGUCUGUCUAUCUAUCAAUCCAUCUAUCUCUUCGCGCCAUGGAGGACGAGGAGGACAUGAUACUGGAGAAGGUGGAGGACAUCAACAAGAAAUGGGUGGAAAGACUCAUCUCAAAGCACCUACACGCCAGAGGAGACACGCGCCCUUGGUUCCUCCUGAGCUGGAGUAUCAAAGGCUGCCCCUCCGUGGACCCCCUGGCGGGCAUCUCCUCCAGCCGUGCCUCCGUCCGUGCCGUCUACAGGCUGCAGGAGGGCGAGGAAGAGGAGGAGAUGAGAGUGGUCGUGAAGGUCACCCCGACAAAGGGCCUAAUGGCUAACCUGAUGAUCUCUCUGGGCAUGCACCGGGUGGAGGCGGGUCAGUACGGGGGGUUCCUGCGCGCAGUGGCGGCGUGGGAGGCGGUACGGCGGGGCGGGCGGCAGCGAGGCGUCGUGGAGCAGCUCGUCCCGCGCCACAACCUCGCCCUGGCCUCCGCCCGCCACCUCACGCUCGUCCUGCCGGAGCUCACGCAUCUAGGUUACAGGUUGAACACAGUGGCGGAGGGGCUUGGGGAGGCGCAGGUGCUCGAGGUGGCGGCAAAGGUCGGGUCUCUACACGGCACGGUGCUGGCGUACAAGCGGGUCACCAACACACACCUCCCCACGGCUUUCCCGGACUGCUUCCCAAGGCUCUCCGUCAGCAGUCCCGGGAUUUCUAUGUUUACCAAGCUUGGGUUCCAGAGGAUCCGGGACGAGUGGUCGAGGGACGAAAACUUGGCUCCUCUCCUGCAAAAACUGGACUCGUACGAGGCCGUGGCGCCAGCGUUCGUUGUGAAUAGCUUGGAGCCGAUCGAGCCCUUCGCCACGAUGAUUCACGCGGACCUGCAGCCGUCGAAUCUGUUCUUCCGGAGCUCGCCUGACGGUGGCACCGAACUCAAGAUCAUCGACUGGGCCACCGCCAGGUACUCGCAAGGCACCUUCGACCUGGUGUACCUCCUCAACGUGUGUCUGGAGGCGGGCGUGCGACGGCGGGCCGAGGCGCGGGCCAAGGACGCCUACUUCAGGGCCUUCAACGCCGCCCUCACCGACCUGGGCGGCGGUUUGACCCUGCCCAGGUGUGUGUGUGUGUGUGUGUGUGUGUGUGUGUGUGUGUGUGUGUGUGUUGUGUGUGUGUGUGUGUGUGUGUGUGUGUGUGUGUGUGUGUGUGUGUGUGUGUGUGUGUGACAUGAUAGACAGAUA